UUGAACACAUUCUCAUCACACGAUCAAAACAUAACCUAACAAUUUAGAUUAUUCUAUUUCUUUUCUUAUAGAAACUAAAUUUACGGCCCUCAAAUUAGGUUGUUUAACAUAAUUAUGAAAGCUAGAUACUUAUCGUUCUUUUCCUAUAUCGGCACAGGUUUCAGAUCAUCUGAGAAGAUAUGGCUCAAAGAGAAGAGGAACUACCCUGACCCGGAAAGUGUACAAGGUGUUUUUGAAUUGGCUCUUCUUAAACUGAGGUCCCACAACUACCCAAACCUGCUUCUGUCCAGUCGAACAGAUGGAGGGGUGCAUGCAUUAAAUGCCACGGCUCACUUUGAUCUAGAGACAAGUGAGAGCAACAUUUACAACCCAGCAGAUAUAACAUUUAGAGUGAACAAAUACUUUUUUAAGAAUGAAAUAUGUGUAAGUGUAAAAAAUACAAUCAGAGUUAAUGAUGAUUUCAAUGCAAGAUUCAAUGCCAAAUCCCGAACAUAUUUAUACAGGUUAGCCAUUCUGAAAAACAAUUUUCCUCGACCAGCAGAGAAUCUGUCUAUAGCUUCCUACAUACCACUUGAAGAGUGGAAGAGGUGCCAUUUUCUCAGGAUUGAAAACUUUGACAUAGACAGGUUCAGAGAGGGUGCUCAAGAAUUUCUGGGGAUCCACGACUUCACAACAUUCAAGAAAUUCGACAAGGAGACGCAAACCAAGCACAACCGCAGAUCUAUACACUCCAUAGAAAUAACUCCUGGGCGGCCACAAGUCUCAUCAUUCACUGAACAGCAAGGGAGCUACUUUGACUACUAUGACAUAAAGAUACAUGGAAGAGCUUUUGUGCAUAACCAGAUCCGCCGCAUGCUAGGCGCACUGGUGGGCGCGGCCGCCGGGAAGAUCUCUACCCAGGACAUCCGGCUGAUGCUGCAGAUUCCGUCCAAGAACUCCUGGCUCAGCCACCUGCACUCACAGCCGGCUUACGGCCUGUACCUGUGUGAUGUGGAAUACGACCCGCAAGAGUUAAUAUAUGACCCGGAGCGAAAAAUUUCUACACGUUUUGUUGUUGAAGACGAAAGUGAUUGA